AUGGUAGAAUUAUUGUACGAAAUCAAGGAGCUCGCAUUGAAAUAUCGAAAAACCGAAAAUAAGUCCUUACUGAUAGCCCGGGGAUCGACGUUACUCAUACUAGGGGCUCUACUUUGCGGAUAUUUCGCCAUAAUAGUGGCGUUUUUGGCAACCGACAAAGGAGUCAUCAAAUCUCAACUACAACAGGCCCCCCAAAUACCCAUUCCCGGUCGGUUGGUAGUUGUGAAAAUUUUUCGUGACACAUCUCAUCUUUCAAACUCACAUUUACACCUUAAACAUACUUAUGCAACAGACGGCAGCGAAUCGACAUCCGACAUUUGCGCGCCCUACGUUACCCAACCCGCCUGUAAUAAAUCUGAUGUGGACGCGAGAUGGCACGGUUGGUUCACGGCGACCGAAGGUUUGGUAUUUAACCAAACCAAAAAACUCAAUGCCGUUUGGUACACCAUAAGCAUUGACGAUCCGCGGUAUACCCGCGGGAAUGACACGGGAAUGUUGGUAAGAGCUUUUGACUCGGACUUCAAUCCUCGCACGGUGCCGGCAAGCGUCCAUGCCCGCGCCCAGGAAAUUGAUCCAGAGUUCUAUGCUACCUUGGAGAAUCUGAACUUACAUGUAAUCGGAUUUCAGCAAGUGAAUUGGAUGUUUAUUAAUAGACACAUUCGAAAGAAAAUGGUUCCAAGUUUCUGGGCUGUGUUGGGUGUACCACCAAGCUAUUUCGAUACAAGCUACAUUACCACGCGAUAUGAAUCUGUGACCGACCCCAAGACCGCACCUACAUACGCGAAUCAAUCGAUCAAUGGAACACAGCUUUACUCGAAUCUUUACAUGGGCGCGAUGGAUUGGUUUCAGGAUGCAUUCUGCUUGCGUCGACGAGUAAAGCGAUCACUCCACAAGCAAUAUCCCAAAUCGAUACCCCUGAUUGAAAAACCUGGUUACGACGAGACUAUUAUUGAACGAAUAAAUUAUCUAGAACAAUUUUUAAAACAAUUUAUUUGUGAUGUUGAUUAUAUGGAAGAUGCCCGGGCUGAAAAGGAAUUGAAUGAAGCGGAUGGUGGAUGGGAAGAUGAUGGUAGUGGGACGGGAAUGCUUUAA